AUGCUCGGUGCUAAUUUGAGUGGAACUUUAAAUACUCUUCGACUUCUAACUAGACCCGAACUAUGUAUACCACAUUUGGCUAUUCCUACAUUCAACGAUCUCCCGGUACCUAUAGUGAUUUCCGGAAGAGGUCCAAUUAAAGCCGUAGUUUUAGACAAGGACAACUGUUUUGCCAAACCUUACGAAAACAGGGUGUGGCCUCAAUAUGCUGAUAAGUGGACACAGUUGACUCGAUGUUAUCCGGGUUCUCGGCUCCUCAUAGUCAGUAAUACAGCAGGUACUGAGGAUGAUAAGGACUAUAAGCAGGCAAAAGUUAUCGAGCUAAACACAGGGAUCCCUGUUUUACGUCAUUCAACUAAAAAGCCAGGCUGUUGGAACGAAAUUAUUAUGUAUUUCAAACAAAAAGGUGUAUGCGAUUCGUCACGUGACAUCGCUGUGGUUGGUGAUCGACUUUUCACAGAUAUCCUUAUGGCCAACUUGAUGGGAUCUUCUGGAGUUUGGAUAUCAACAGGAGUGAUUCAAUCGAAUAGUUGGAUAGUUAAUUUCGAAAAAGAUGUAUAUAGGACGGUGAAAAGUAGAAAUACAUAG